AUUCAAUAUUCAAUAAAAUAAUAAUUAAAUCAACUAACUCACUCAUAUUAUUAAAUUGUACCAUAUAAUGUAAUUUCAUAAUUUCUGUAAUCUUGAUCAAAAAUAAUCAAAACUCUGAUAUUACAUAUUCUAGUUCCAAAUAACUUCGGAAUCUGCAUCUUUAUUUUAGGUUAAAAAAAUAUUUUGUAUUUCAUCAUUCUAGGUGAAAGUUCAAAGUUCUACAUGUACAACUUGAACUUAAUACUAUUUUUAAAUUUGAUAGUUUUAAUUGAAAAGUGUGUAUAUAAGUACAGUGAAGUCUAUAAAUUUGAUGCCAUCUGUAAAUGAACAUUUAAAAAACAACCAAACAUGGCACUGAUCCUUGAAAGUUUUAGAGGUGGUGUAAAAACGAUAACAAUUAACCGCCCCAAAAAGAAAAAUGCUCUGAAUAGAGACAUGUACCUCAGAAUUGGAGAGAUAUUAAAUGAAGAUGCGAAAAAUGACGAAAUUGUGGUUACCAUUUUAACUGGUGCAGGAGACUAUUUUACAAGUGGAAAUGAUUUGUCCAGCAUAUCUUUCAAUUCUGGUCCAGAUGAAGCAAUAAAACCGGUCGAAGAUAUGGUAAAAGCCUUUAUAAACUACCCAAAAUUGAUUAUUUGUAUUGUCAAUGGUGUUGCAAUUGGUAUUGGAGCCACCAUAGUUGCUUUGUGUGAUAUUGUCUAUGCUAGUGACAAAGCAACCUUUGAUACUCCCUUUUUAAAGUUGGGAUUAUGUGUAGAAGGAACAUCCAGUUUAAAUUUUCCAUUGAUUUUAGGUAGAAGCUUAGCUUCAGAAAUUUUCUUCUUAAAUAGAAGGCUGACAGCACAAGAAGCACUUCACUAUGGUUUAGUAUCAAGAAUUAUACCCCACAAUGAUCUUAACAACUACAUAAAUGAUUUGCAUAAAUACGGAAAACUUGCAGUUGGCACUGUCAAGAGAAAUAAAGCUGCUAUCAUGGCCAACUUUAGGCAACAAUUCCAUGAAUGUAAUAAAAGAGAAUUAGAGGUAUUGAAGGAAUGUGUUAAUUCUGAAGAUUUUGCGAAGAGUAUGGCUCAGUGGUUCGCUAGCAGAAGUAAACUGUGAUAAGAUUCUUUUCUCAAUGAACAUUAUUGCUAAUUGUCAAAAAUUUAAAUGGAAAUUUUUAAAAUUUCAUUAUUUUACCGUAGUAGUAAAUCAAUUUAAAUCUUUAAAUCAAGACCUACCAGUCAAGAAAGUUUUUUGAAAAAUAUAACUAGAUAUUGCAUGAUUUAAGACAAAGUCUAGAUUUUAAUAAUAUACAGUGAGGACGUUUGAGUUGGAAUAAAUUCAUUUUCUCGAGAAUGGGCGACUCUGGAGAUAAAUCCCGAAACAGGUCGAUUUUUAUUUUUAAAUUAUAAUUGUUUGGCAUAUCGCUGCUUCACAAGAACGUAAGCUUAACUCAAAAUUUGACGAAAUGGGCUUAUUAAGAGGAUCGGUACGUAUUUUCGGCUGCAAUGCUAUUCAAAUGGGGAUUCAUUUUUUUCAAAUCCUGAGAAAACUAAUAAGUAUUUUUGAAAAAUUUAAACGCAGAAUGAAAGAUUACGUUAUUAGCGAGGGCCGAAAGUCCCUGAGAACUUCUAUAAUGUUUAUUUUAAUAAGUUACAGGGGUGAAAAAACUAAGAGAAAAUUUAGUGUGAUUUUUAAUUUCAAAUAUCUCAUUCAAAAUAAACUUUUUAUUUAUUCUAAGGGACUUUCGGCCCUCGGUAAUAAUUUAGUCUUUCAUUCUGCGUUUAAAUUUUUCAAAAAUAUUUAUUGGUUUCUUCAGGAUUUGAAAAAGAUGAACACAAUGCCGUGGUAAUAUUUUCCAAAUCUGUCUUUGUCUUACAACGCACUCAACCGAAUAUAAUAUUGUCAGCAUAUAUUGUCAGUCAGACACUGACAAUCAGUGACAAUUUUAAAUAUUUGACAUUGCAUCGGGAAUAUUUUGAGAAAUUGAUUAAAUAUUAUUGAUAUAUAGUGUAUUUGAUAAAUAAUUGAUUUAAGACGUGAACUUAAUAAAAAGUUAUUUAUUGUGUAUUAUUUGUGGAAGAUCCAAGCAGAGAAUACAUCAGAUAUAUCCUGUGAUCCAAGUAUUUUGUUGUUAGAGAUGUUCAAAAUUGUAAGCGUUCCAAAAUAACAACAUAUUAUUAAAAAAUCACUUUAACACUUUUCCUCUUUUCUCGAUUGAUUAUUAGUUUUUGUUGUACAAAUAAAUUAUUACAAUCACUGAAAACAUAGUUAGUGAAAAAAUUAUCACAUUUAUUAACUGAAUUAAUAAUUUGCAAUUAUAAAAAUAACAGUUAUCCAAGAACAUCAAAAGCCAUCUUUUUAAAUUAAUUAUGACAUUUUCAAGUAGAAUGACAUUCUAGUAAUGUUUACAUAUCCACACCAGUGUGAAUUUUACUACACGUAAUUUGCCGUGUAAAGACAGAAAAAGUAGGGAUACACGUAAAAUAUUUGCGAAUUAUGUACCCAUAGCCUUAACGCAGAUCUACUAAAAAUCAAAUUAUUUAUCGCGUGAACAAAGACCUAUUACGUUAAUGAUAAUAGUGGCUAAGAAAUGGCACCAAGUGUCUAUAUUUGUUUGGCGCGAAAGUCAAUGAAUGCUAAAAUUUUCGUAUACGCUGUGAGUUCGUACGUAGAGGGGAUAUUUAAAAAUUCGCGAGCGCCAGUAGUGACAAGUCUGUAAACGUUUACUGGAAAUUUGACAUAAAUGUCAAAGUGAUUAAUUUAAAAUUAAAAAUAAAACAUUAAUUAUAAAAAAUAUUAGUUGGUCAAAGCUGUGGUAUAUAUUUUUACCUUAAAUAUACUUACGUUUUAAAUACUGAAUUUAAGUUUUUUAAUGUUCCGUAUUAUGUAAUUAUAAAUUAAUCUAUUAAUCUUGUGAAAGUAUCCGAAGUAAGAAAUUAAUGUUUCAUCAAUAGAACGUCAAAAUGAUUAGCAAAAUCUUAAAAAAAUCGAUUACAAUUUAAUUACUUUUUUGCGUUGUAAAUAUUAAGCGAUAACAAUUAAAUAAUAAAUUUAAAAAUUACCGGUGAAAGUUGCAUUACUAAUCCGCUAGGAGCGACACCAGCGAAGCUCAGAGCGUAUAAAUACAGUCCGAAGUUAGUUACGCCGCAGAUUGUGAAGCAAAUUGUGUGUAUACUUCUCUUCAAGGACGACCGCUCUUAUACUUAGGAUUAGUUUUUGUGAAAUUACUCUCUAAAAGAACUACCCUUUUUGAAUUAGGUCCGUGUUUUAACAAAGUUGAAGUAAAUUUUUCUCAAGAAAAAAGACUCGAAUCUGAUAGGGGUUAACAAAAUGGUAAAUUGAACCAUUUUAACACUUCAUAAACUUAUCCAGUUAUCACAGUUUGUAUUCAGAUAUAUUUCUAACAAAAUUGUUAAGGUAAUUCCUUUAAGUAACAACUUAUUCGGAGUUAUGCCCAUAAUCAAAUCUAUAAAAUUUUAAAAUGCCUCUCCUCUAAAAUCAUCUUUUUUGACUUAAGCCUACGUUCUUGCGAAGCGGCGAUAUAUAUCACACUGGUGACGUCAUUCUGAGCGUGAUGACGUAAUCGAUGAUUUUUUUAAAUUUGUUUUGGGCAUCCUGUAUAAAUAAUUAUGUUAAUGUUCAUGUUAGUGAAUAACCUUUCGAAUGAGGUAUCACACGACCUAUAUUCUCAUUAAAAAAAUCCUCAAUUACGUCAUUACGCCCAGAUGGAUGACGUCACUGGUGUAAUAUAUAUGUGUAUACUCACUGACAAAAAUAUUGCAUAUUUUAUCUUCAAUCGUUAUUAUUUCUUUAUUUUUUAUCUUUGAAAUGUUAAGUAUUUUUUUUAUUUAUUUAUUUAUCUACUUACUUUAUUUAUUUAUUUGCUGUAGUUUAAUUUACUAGAGAUAAAUAAAUGGUUAAACAUAGUCUUUAUAACCGGAUAUGCAAUAAAGUCACAAAUUAACAAAACAAACAUAGUAUGGAAAGUGUGCUUUGGCGACUUGACAAUUCUUGUUUUGUUGAAAUGUCAGUUAGAAUAUGUCAGUUGGAGAGUUUUAUUUUUCGAUUCUGCAGUUUUCUUGCUGAUAUGCCACAUUUAAGCGAGUUAGUGUGUGUUAGAAUUGUUACGUUAAAAAAUGAGGGUUACAGACAAAAAUAUAGUACGUAAAUAGCGGAUAUCCAUCAGUCGACUGUUUCUCGUAUAGUAGCGCGAUACAAUGAGACUGGAGAAUACAAACGGCGACCUGGUCAAGGACGAAAAAGAUAUACAGCGCCAAGAGAUGACCAAUAUUUAAGACUUAAAUCUUUGCGAAAUCGUACACUUACAGCUCCCCAUCUCAAAAAUGAAUUACUUAUCACAAGAUAAGUUAAUGUAAGUGUCAAAAUUGUGACUAGAAGACUUAAAGAGGUUGGUUUGAAUCCAAAACGGCCUGCCAGAGUUCCACUUCUUCUACCACGGCAUAAAACUCACAGGUUGCACUUUGCAAGAGCCCACGUUAACUGGAACGAACAUCAAUUGGGAAGAGUUCUUUUCACAUAUGAAACGAGGAUACAAUUAUGGAAGCCAGAUGGACGUGAUCGAGUAUACAGAGGGUCUGGGGAACGUUUCGUAGAAUGUAAUCUUGUAUAAAAUGUAGCUUUGGUGGCGGUUCCACAUUUUAUUAAAUAUGCUAUGGGAUGGCAUUAGUUGGGAAAGUCGUAUGGAGCUUAUUGAGGUGAAUAUUCCAAUGAAUGCUGAUUGGUACAUACGGAACAUCCUUGAAGAGCAUGUUUUUCCUUAAGCCAGCUUCAUGGGGUAUGAUAACUUUGUGCUAAUGCAUGAAAAUGCCCGUGCACAUACCGCAGCAACAGUCAUACAAUAUCUUGAGGAUGUUAGGGUUGAGGCUCUAGACUGGCCACCAAUGAGCCUUGAUGCAAAUCCCAUAGAACAUAUAUGGGGCAUCCUAAAAAGACGUAUAUGAGCAAGAAAUCCAGCUCCAAACUCAAUUGCAGAAUUAAGAAUUGCUGCACAGGAAGAAUUGAAUCGACUUCCGCAAGAAACCAUCCAAGAUAUUCUGCAGAGCAUGCCUAGAAGGAUGCAGGCAAUCGUUAGAGCUAGAGGAGGAAAUACUAAAUUAGAGGAGCUACUAAAGUGUUACAAUGUUGCCGUAAAGAAUUGUUAUAUUGUCGUUAUUGUUUCUCUUUCUAAUUAAAUGUUAUAGGCAAAAUCAUAUUUAUUAUUCCAUUAAUUUCUCUACAAAUUAUUUGUGACUCUGCAAUAUGCAAGUUACUUGACGAUAAAUAUACGUAGGAUAGUCCAGCUCAACUUAUUUAUCAAUAAAAAGUACAAAAGUUUUUAAACGGAAAAAUAUAUACUACUAAAACAAAAUAUGCAAUAUUUUUGUCUGUGAGUGUAUAUAUGACAAAAAAUUAUAAUUUUAAAAUAAAAAUCGACCUGUUUCGAGAUUUAUCUCGUGUUUCCCAUUCUCGAGAAAAUGAAUUUAUUCCAACUCACUCCAACGUCCUCACUGUAUAUGUACACAAACUAUGAAUAUCACAACUUAAUAUCCAUUUCUAUUGAAUAUACUGCGAAUAUGUAAUUUUUUAAAUGUUAAAUAAAGGUUUUAUUGUAUUAA